CUUGUUUCAAACUGGAUUCCUUUCUCAUAUUUUCUGUUUUGAAUAUUAAAAUAUUGGGGCCUAAGAAUAUUUGUUUUCCCGUUAAGAAUUAUUGUGUAUUUAUUAUGUAGAUUCCUAUUUCCUCAUUAUAUAUUUUGUGCCUGUAUAAAUUGUAUCAUUCAGACAAUUUAAUAUAUACCAAAAAUACAAUCCUUUUCAUAUUUUAACACUUUCCAAGAAAAUUGAAAACAAAAAUAGACUCCAACACAGCGGAAAAAAUAUAUAAUUUUCUUAGUGGAAAAUGGAUCUGUCGACUGUUCAGGUGAAGAACACAAGCUUAACCUCCGUUUGGAUGAUGAGAAACUUGAAACCCAGCUCGGGAAAUUUGGGAAAAGUUGGUGUUUUCGACAUCAGGCUUUUGAAAACCAGAGUCCUUUUUUCUUCUAACGUUUAUCAUCAUUCUUUGCUUGUCAAAGCUAUGGCUAAGAAGAAUCACGACAACCCAUCUGGAAAUGGUGAUCGAGAGGGAGAUAAUUUGAAACGUAAUAAUUCUUCAGACAACAAAUCCAAUGACACUGCAUCCCAGAAGUCCCAUCACAUAAACUUGGACUGGAGGGAGUUCAGAGCAAAUCUUUUUGCUCAGGAACAGGUAGAAAAGACAGACUCUGAUCCUCAAAACCAAUGUGGGACAACUCAUGAGUCCAGACCUCUUGGCCUAAAAUGGGCCCACCCUAUUACAUUUCCUGAGACAGGCUGUGUCCUUGUUGCCAGUGAAAGGUUUGAUGGGCAUAGUACAUUUGAGAGAGCUGUUGUUCUUCUAAUUAGGUCUGGAACAAUACAUCCAGAGGAGGCAUUAGGAGUACUGAUUAACCACCCAUUUCACAAAAGGGUCAAGCACAUGAAACCUGCAAAUAUUGAACUAGCUACUACUUUUGCUGAUUGUUCAUUGCACUUGGGUGGACCUGUGGAUGACAAAGUGUUUCUUUUAAAAACAGGGCGGUCUAAACUUUCUGGGUUUGAAGAGGUAAUUCCUGGCCUAUAUUUUGGAGUUCAAAGCAAAUUGGAUGAAGCCGCAGGGCUAGUGAAGAAAGGGGUGCUUAAGCCUCAGGAUUUAAAAUUCUAUCUUGGUUAUGCUGGAUGGGAGCUGGAUCAAUUGGGAGAUUAUAUUGAAUCAGAAUACUGGUAUGCCGCUUCCUGUAGCUCUGAUUUUAUCUUUGAUGCAUUAUCGGUUUCAUCAUCAGAAAAUUUAUGGGAGGAAAUUUUGCAACUAAUGGGCGGUCACUAUUCAGAAUUGAGCCAGAAGCCAAAGCAAGAUCUGUAGGUACAUUUUAGCUUAAUGGUUUCACCUAGGAUUAAAAUUAUAUUAUCAUUUAAGAUAUAGAACCAAAGUAUCUGUGAAGCCAAAUGUACAAAAAUUUCACUGGCUUUUUCAGUCAGUAGAUCUCUUAUUCAUGUUUUUCCAACGUAAGAACUUUGUUAGUGAAUAGCUCUUGUAUGUAAUAAUACAUAUUAUCUGAUUAUGCUAAUUAAAAGUCUCUGUCACAGUCAGGCAAUUUUCUUGAA